GACUGAGCGUUCCAGUCGAGACCGGGACUUCAGGAGGUUUGGACGUGGUGCGGGCUUCUCAGAUUUAUUAGUGGUAUACGGAGUGUGGUGAACGAAAUCAAAAGUAACAGAAACAAAACUAUCGCUCGAGUUUAUAUGUGGCAACAUGCCGGUGUGCCAAAUUUACAUGCCAAGCAUUCCGUGACACCGAUCCGCGAGUUAGACACGGGGAGAAAAAAAAAAUCAACAAAACAAAAAUCGUGCCGUGUCUGGCCAAGCCGAGAGCUAGCCAUUGAUGGACUCCGGGUGGGUUCAACGCUGUAAAGGGUUCAUUCAUCAAUCUGGUCGUGUCGAGCCGUGUUAUACGAUAAAUGCAAAAGUGAGUCUAAAAGAGCUUCCACAGCUUAAAAUCCAUUCAUCAGAGCCUCACAGACCGUGAACUUUACGGGACCAUCAAUGCGUGUAAACAAUAAUGAAAUGUGAUAUCUACCGGUAUGAAUUCCGCUGCAAAGCAUGUAAAAUAGAAGCGAGCAAACGAUGACAACAGUGAAAGUUCCGACUUGUACCGGCACCGGCCAAACUGGGUCAAGUUCGGUAAAGUUUGCUGAACCCGAGCAAACCGGAAGCAGCCGGAGGAAAACCGGCUGUCAGCGGAACGUUUUUCUGCCGGUCGAUGCAGGAAAUGGCGGAAGUUUGGGUUUACAUCUGAGUCGUACGCCCUGGGAUCCCUAUCCCUGGGUUAGCGGAGUGCAGCCGGGGUCCUGUGCCGAGGAAGCUGGCGUUCGGAUUGGAGAUUGUGUUUUGAAGGUGAAUGGUGAAGAUCUGCUGGGCUUGAAGAUAAUCGACAUAGCCAAACGAGUUCGCAGCGGCAAACAAGUCAUCGAUUCCCAGCCCGGUGUCAGCUUGUUGCUAUGGAAUUCCGGAUUCGAUAAAAAUAACCUGAACCCCCAAUCUCUGUCUCGGUUCGCCGGAUGCCUUCAGAGCAUCGCUGGGCUGCUGGAGUGUCCCGUUUGUCUGGAAAUUAUUCGGCCUCCAUCGUGGCAGUGUUGCCAUGGGCAUUUGAUCUGUGCCGGAUGCCGUUCCAGGAGCACCAAAUGUCCCAUCUGCCGGGUAAUGCUGGGGCGAGCUGGUCGCUGCCUGGUGGCCGAUAAGUUGUUCCACUUCCUGGGUCAAACCCUGGGGCAGCAGUGCGAGGGGGACAACCCGAGCCAGCAGUUGCCCAACCGCAAGCCAUCUAAUUUCCAGCAACUGACGACGACUCCCCUUCAUGUAUGCAAACAGCCAGUUAAAUUAAAACCAACAAACCCGGCUGUCAUUGGCAGUUCCUUAGUCGUCUCCAACGGCAAUUCAGCGAGUAUGCAAUGGGAAAUGAAUGAAGCUGUUAAUGACCACCAACACCAACACCCCCACCACAGUCCGGUUCCGAGGCGGUCCGGUCCGUUUUCCCGGUUGGCUCCAUCAUCGACAUCGACGCCCUCAAUGAAACCGUUCUGCUGUCCAUCCGGUCAACCGUGCGUUAAAAUGAAAAAUCAACAUGACAUUUUAAUUCAUUUGCAGAAAUCACAUCAAACGAAUGUCGUCCGGUACGUCGGGGCGUUCGGUGAGCCGUUCAGAAUUCGCUUUGCCCAGACGCCGACGUCAUCAAAGUCGAGCGCCGUUACCUGUCUGGUUCUGUUGGCUUCCGGCGACCAAAAUGGCAUCUCCAGGGAACCGUCGAGGGCCACUUACUUCGGGCAUCAUCAUACGGAGCGAGAUGAAAAUGGCAACCAUUUGUGCCUCAGCACGGAACCCAACAGCAACCGGAAGUUGGUUUCCUUUUGUGCGGACGACUGCGGUGGCACUCGAACCGGAGCCACUUCGCCAAAGGAAUACGUGUUCUUUUUGGCCAAAUUCCGGUGCAUCGAAGCGAGCACUCAAGCCCUAUAUUGGUUGUGGUUUGUCGGAGAUCAAAAGAAUUCGGACCGAUUCCGGGUGACGAUUGGUGGCGAAUCGAUUGAAGGUAGUAUCGCAAACAUUCCGCCGGAAGCGUGGCAGGGCAAGCCGGUUUCCCUACAACAAAACUGCAAGGAAGUGCUGAAAGCCAGGCAGUUCAUUCGACUUCCCCACGAGCUGAGCGGAUUGGUGGUUAAAGUAGAGCUGCCGUAGUUGGCGGGAUAUGUUAUGCCUAUGUAGUAAAAAAAACUUUCAAAACUUAUGCGUAAACCAAUUUUAA